AUGUCGGCCAGACCUCGCCCCCUCAGCCAUUCGCUAGAUGACGAAUUUCAGGAAUUCGAACGAAUCGAGAAGGCGGAACCAUUGCCGCUCGGGCGGCCCAAGAGGCCGAGGCUGGACUUUACCACUCCUGGCCCCACCGGGUCUGAUGCCAGCCAGAAAACGAUUCCCGCUCCGGGUUCAAGGGAUCGGACACUGUCGCCGCCUCUCGGGCCGAGUGGCCAGUUUCCAAUGUGUGACGCCUUAACUUUCGGACCAGGAGAUACAGGCGCCGAAACUUUCCCCGAUAAUAUCCUGGAUGAGAACCGGACUACCGGGACGCCGCCACCUUCUGUGUGGAUACCUCAAGCCAGAGACACCCCAAGUACUGCCCUGGCAGGCCUCCUCUUGGGCCGGCCUUGUGCCUGUCUCGCAACCCUGUACUUGAUCUUGGACGAACUACAGCAGGCUACCGAGCUACAAUUCCCUUCAGGCCUGACGCUUCUUCGUGGCUGGUGGGAAAAGAUCAUGGCGCCUUUGCAGUGCGCCAUCUGCCCCCAGCGUUACGUCACCAGCGUGCAAAAUACGCAGCUGAUCAGUACCGUACUAAUCUCUAUGACAACCAACUAUCGCGCCAUCUUGGAGGCUAUAGACGCCGAAACUGAACGGUCAACGCAGCACAGCGAGACGAAGACUUGGACGCUGGUACAGCCAGCUUCUGAUGCAGCAGGAGCAGGAUUCAGUUGCCAAACUGUGGGUUAUUUCGUUCUCGACAUCAACCCGGCCGAGUGGAGAGCGCUUGCGAGAAAGACAGUAAAGGCAGAGAUCUUUGGUGUUGUCGACAACAAGAGCAGGCUAUACUUUUUGUCUCUGGUCGACGAACUGGAGGCGAGGCAGGUCCGAUGGCACGCGUCGCCACACUGUCCUGAUAUUCCCAAGGCAUGCAUUCACGGGCCGGAGAAGACACCGUUUUGCGUCCUGCACUGCCGCGAGGCACGAAGACAGGCAAAGUAG